AUGCACAUGCAGCUCCAGAAUUCAAGAUUAUCCCUGGAAAUCCAGAGACAGCACUCAGAAUUUUCCAGAACUGGGAAACUGAACACAACUGAAAGCAUCAACGCAAUAAAUUCCAUCGUAGUACUGGAAGCAUUAACUUCAAUAGUACCAAACAUAGAAAUUCUUCAACUAUUGCUCCUGCUUAAAUACCUGAGCUCCACUUUUACAUUAGCAGAAGUGCAACCCACCGUACAAGGAUCUGUGACUCAGCGAGGUAACACAUUUAUCAUUGAGACAUUUCAUCAAGCAGUUGAUCUUGUCAAUGCUGCCUACAAAACAUCCAGAGGCAGGAGUAAAGCAGCACUGCACAAAGGCUCCAUUCGUGCAAAUGACCUGCUUAGCUUUUUCAAACUUCCUGUGGCUGAGACUCGGAACGCAGUGCGAGCAGCUGAGCUGAUGGAAACAACGAUCGAACUUAUUCGGCAGAUGGUUUACACCCAGGAGAAAAUAUUCAGGAAUGCAACAGAUCUUCUCAGCACACUGGAUCUUCAGACACUGGCCAAAGUGACAGGUUGUACUACUCAGCUACAGAUGGUCACUUGUUCCAGCUCCUGUCUAUUGGACAAAUAUCGAACCAUUUCUGGCAUCUGCAAUAACAGACAGCACACUCACUGGGGAGCAGCUAACGUCCCGUAUGUUCGAUGGCUCCCUCCCGAGUACGACGAUGGGUUUUCAGUUCCAAAAGGAUGGCUUGAGACCAAGGAAUAUAAUGGAUUCCCCUUACCGCUGGCCAGGAUGGUGUCAACAGCAAUCCUGCACACUGGCAACAGGAACAUUUCUCUGGACAGCAAUUAUGCCCACAUUUUGGUAGAAUGGGGACAAUGGAUUGACCACGAUAUGGACCUGACACCGCAGAGCGCCAGUACCUCUUCCUUUAUCGACAGUGUUGAUUGUUCAUCAUCUUGCUACAACAGAAGCCCGUGCUUCCCAAUACAGAUCCCAGAUGAUGACCCACGUGCCUGUGAAAGUGAGACGUGUAUGCCGUUCUUCCGCUCAGCCCCAGCAUGUGGGAGUGGCGAAUCUGGAAUCCUCACAGGACAGCUCCGCCCCAGGGAGCAACUGAACAGCAUCACUUCCUUUGUGGAUGCCAGCAUGGUGUACGGAAGUACAGAGACCUUGGCAUGGAAACUGAGAAAUCAUACCAAUGACCUUGGGUACCUGGCCAUUAACCAGCAGUACUCAGACAACGGCCUGGCCUAUUUGCCCUUCAUGACCAAGAAGCUUCAAAAUCCCUGUGCACUGACCAGAGACCAAUCCCUCGUUGGAAAUAAGUCAGAUAUUCCAUGUUUUCUGGCUGGGGAUUCCCGAGCAAAUGAACAUUUAGGGAUGCAAGCACUACACACUAUCUUCUUACGAGAACAUAACCGAAUAGUAUCAGAACUACAUCAGCUAAACCCACACUGGAGUGGUGAGACUCUGUAUCAGGAGGCACGAAAAAUCAUGGGAGCCUACCACCAGAUUAUAAACUGGAAGGAUUAUGUGCCAAAGAUUCUUGGUCCUGAAGCAACAAAGCAGCACCUACCUCCCUACAAGGGCUAUGAUGAAACAGUUGACCCCCGGAUUUCGAAUGUGUUUGCCACAGCAGCAUUUCGUUUUGCUCAUGUUACCAUCCAUCCAAUACUCUUUCGAUUGGAUGAGAAUUACAGAGAGAAUCCGACCUACCCCAGCAUCUCUCUGCACAAGUCAUUUUUCUCUCCAUGGAGAAUUAUAGAAGAAGGAGGCAUUGACCCAAUCAUCCGAGGUGUUAUAUUAAACUCUGCCAAGCUUCAAACACAAACACAGAUGAUGCCGGAAGAGCUGACAGAAAAGUUGUUUCAGCCUAAGGAAUCCUUAGCAUUGGAUCUGGCAGCACUGAACCUACAACGAGGAAGGGAUCAUGGGCUACCAAGUUAUAAUGCCUGGAGGCAGUUCUGUGGACUGCAGGAAGCCAAGAAUAUCUCUGAAUUAAUACAGAUCUUUAACAGCACAUACUUAGCAAGAAAGAUCCUGUCAGUGUACAAGACACCCGAAAAUAUAGAUGUGUGGAUUGGUGCAAUAGCAGAGCCACUACUGCCCAGAGCUCGUGUCGGGGAGCUCUUGGCCUGUCUUCUUGGAAAACAGUUCAGAGUCCUGAGAGAUGGAGACAGGUUUUGGUGGGAAAACGAAGGUGUGUUUACCAACCAGCAGAAAGAAGAGCUGAGUAAAGUCACUCUGUCCAGGAUCUUAUGUGACAACACCAGAAUUCAGAGAAUCCCCGUAGAUGUAUUUUCACGGAACCAAUAUCCCAAUGACUUUGUACUUUGUAACAGCUCUGCAAUCCCCUCAAUCAAUUUGGCCCCCUGGAAAGAGAAGACCACAGAAACUCCUUGUGGAGAAGUUUCCCAAGGUGGAAAAGGCACAUUUCUUCUUCUGCAAGACAUCCAUCCAUUUUGA